CUCAGGAAAAUGCAAGCUAGAAUUAGAGCUCUAACGAAUUUGGUGCGUUCUGCAAAAUAUGUUGCGUUUCCUCGUGUGGGUUUGCGAGUUUUCUCUACGGAAACCGCUCCUGCUCAGGAUGUCUACGAACAUGUUAGCAAUAUGAAAACGAAGGAUUUGUUCCAAUUUGAACCCUUCAACAACGAGGAUAUCAUGAACUUCCCUCAGGUAAAGAACGGAAAGAACUAUUCCCUUAAUUGGGCAUUAGCCAGCGAGAACUUUACGAUUUGGGGAAAUGCCUACAGAAACCCGUCCAUCGAUAUUCUGGAGAGAGACAGUCACGGAGAGGUGGAUCGUGAUGGCAACACAACUUGCACUCGUCACUAUUUGCCCUCCUCGGAAGUGGCUGAGAAAUCUGGCGAUUUUGAAGAUAUCAGUGACUCUGUUAAAGAUUUCCUGUCCCAGGUCCCCAAUCUCUACGUGGAAGAUGCUGCCGUCUGCUCGGGUCGUUGCGCGGAGCUCCGUAUCCGUUCUGUGACCAACGACCCCGUUACCGCUAUGGCUCUAAAGAACCUCUUCCACCGCAUGCCUCUGCGCGACCCCAUGACGCCGCACCCUCUCAGCGUGAUCGUCGCUCGCGGCAUGCCGGAGAGUUUCACGGCGAUCGGGACGGAUCCCCACUCGAAGUCUCUGACGGUGAUCGCGACGGGCAACACGCCGAUCGACCGGAUUGUCGCCGAGGUGGCCAAGGCUGCGGCCAAGCAGAUGGACGCUGCGCGCGGCACGUUCGAGGUGGAGAUCCCCGAGACGGAGCCUGGCAAGGGUCCCACGAAGCAGGUGAAGAAGGGCCCCGUGCUGCAGAGCGUCGUGGGCGCCGCGGUGGUGCAGAACCCCGCGGGGGAGACCGUGAUGAUCUGCGGAAUCCCGGAAGAGGCGAAGAACGCGGCGAUGAAGGCGGGGAAGCUGUAGGAGAAGGAGGAGGGCGCGAUGGGUAGGUUCUGCGGAAGCAACGCGGUGCUGACGAAGGACGGAGUGAGCCGCGUGUUCGCGGGCGAAGCGGUGAAGGCGGGGGCCGCGCCGGUGAGCGGAAGCAUGAUCGUGAAUGGCGAGGCGUUCGUGCCGAUCGCUGGAGAUAACCUGCUGUCGUUCCCGUCGAAGGUAGUGUUCGUGGAGGAGAAUGGAAAGCCGGUGCAGAGCGAGGACGUCGCCAAGAUGCUGGGCGCGUAUUGCUGCUGCGAGGACACGGCGAAGUUCGCGGCGGAGCUGCUGCAGAAGCAGGGCGCGGAGUUCGUGUGUGUGGACGCUGCCUCGGUUGGAUCGCUCUUUUAAUUGUGUUUAUAAUGGCA